AUGGGGGUUCCCAGGGUGGCACUCUUGGAGGGGUUCGACAUCCGGGACAAGAUCGAGGUUCUCAACUACCCGGCCGUGGAGAUUCAUCAGCUCCUGGGGAUCAGGGGCCAUGUGAGCAGGGUGACCCGCCAGGGGGAAAUCGUUCUGGUGAUCCUUCCAGUGGUGGUGGACAGCCCGGUGGAGGUUCUCAAGGGGGUCGGUCACGUCAAGACAAUGGUCGUCCUGCACAAGGUGGUGGUUCUGGGGCUAGCAACUCGGGUUAUGUUCGGGGAGAGUGGAAGAAGCCCGGAGAGAGCUGUGAGGCGCUUGUCGGCUGGUUCCGGGGGUGCACCAAUGUUUGAAGAAGAGGAGGUGCGGCGGCUUCAACCGGCAGGGCCCCACAUUUUCUUUGAGGGUGUGCAUUUUGCUCGGCCAGAUGAGUCUCUGCCCCAGUUUCUUCGUCGGUUGAAGGAGCGAGAGCUCAGAGACUUCCAAUGGAUGUGGCCGGCGAACCUGAUCGAGGAGUUGGAUCGUCCGUUGAAUCGUGGCUCCCGAUCGAAGGUGCAGCAUGAGGUGUCGCAAGGCACUCUGGAGAUCUCCAUUGUUCGGCAUGAGAGUUGGCGCAAGAAGCUUUUUGACACAGAGGUUGCCUUGCCCUUGCACAUCCAGAUGGUCCUGUUGGAACGCCUGGCGCAGCAACGGCUGCGCAACGCCCGCACCCCCGCACAGGCGGAGGCUGCUCGUGCCGUGCGCUACGGGACCUUCCGGAAGCAGCAGAAGGAGAAAGCCGAGCGGAGGCCGCAACUGGCGACGCCUCCGGGCGCCCCGCGGAUCUGUGGGACCACGCGGAGCGGACAGGUGGACGGAGCGGUGGAAGGGUCGCUGGAAUCGCGAAGUCCCAGGGGUUUGGAAGGUCAGACAGAGCUGUUUACAGGGACUGAUGAGUUGUUUGGAAGUACCAAAGGUUUCCGCUCCUGUCUGAGAGCGGAAAUAGACCACAACGACAGCUGUUGCUUCAGACCUUGCUAUAGGAGGCAAAUCCAAGACCAGUCCCACCUGCUGUCCGCUUCGAUCAAGGCCUUUCAAAAGAGGAUCUUUAGCUUGAAGGACCUGGAAAACAUGGGGGUAAGGUCUAAGGUCUCCAAACAGCGCCAGGAGUGUCCUGGUAGAACCAACAAGGCCCCGGAGAUCUCCUAUUCUCCGAUCCCUUUGCCGCCUCGACGAGCCCUGAUCGAUGAAUGCCGCGUGCGGUGGGUCACCACCAUCACUGACAGCUCCAGAGUGGGCCGCCCGCUGUCCUCGCAGGAUCCCGUGGAGGACUUCGCGUCCGACGAGGAGGCGCCGCACGCGGCGCCUCGCACGCCGCCCCACGCAGGUCGUUUGGCCUGUGGGAAGUCGCCCGACGAGCCAGGUACAGGUGGCCAGGCGGAGGCCACAAAGGUGCAGCAGGGCGAUUUCGACCUCGAGGCCUUGGAUGCCGCGAACCAGGAGCUGGCAGAUUUGGAAGCCAAGCCUAGCGAGCCCAGUGAGGCCUCCGAAGACGAGGGACAAGCUGAAGACGGAGGUGCGCUGCCUGAGGAGCCUUGGGAACGCUGGAGCCGCCGGGAACGUGAGCUGUGGGAGCGUGUGAGGCCAAGGCAUUUGCGGCGAGAAGCACAUCAGGUUCAAGGCUUGCGCUUGCCAGCUGCUGCUUUGGCACUCAGGGGAACAUGUUGGUCAGAGGGUUCUGGGAGGAUCUUCGUGGACAAAAAGUCAAAUUCUUAGGUCCAUCAUGCAGUUGCUGCCCAACCAAUCAAUAGGUGUCAUGCCUAAGAACGAUGACCAAGCCAAUCCAAAAGGACUGGAUUGGUUUGGAUUGGUUGCCCCCCAAACCAAACCAAAAGGUUUUGAUUCCAACAAAGACCCGAGAAGUCCCACACCAAAGUCGAUGUUUUUUUUCCCAAUUGGUUGGGGAUGAAAGGCAAGACCGCGCUGCCGGUCGAUGGGACCUUUUUCACGCCGUGGCAGGUGGACCCCAAGCAGCACAAUGAAGGGAUGUGUAGGUCAACUAAACGCAGCGCACUUGCUGGGAGACCUCCUUUUUUCCAAGACAAAGAGGUCUUGCAAAAGGGUGAGGAUCUCCUUGCCAGCAAAACCUGGACUCACAAGAUGGUGGAAGAACUUGGAGUGGUUGCGAAGGUUCUUUUCGACUGGCGUGACCUUUUCGUGCAUGGAAUGAGGAUGGCUGGAUGGCUGGAGGUCUAUGGAUCUCUAUGGUAUGAGGGUGGCAUUUUCACCCUCAUUCCCUAUGAGUCGCACCAGUCAGUUCCUUUCAGACUGGCUACAUGGGUCGCACUCGCAGGGUUAGAGGAACAUGCUCCAACCCGUGAAGUUUGUUCUAUAGAUUUUUCAGAGUGUGGAGACCCGGAUAGUUCACAUAGGAUUCAGCCUGAUACCUAUUCCGGACGAUCGUAAAAUUACCGCAUUGGAGUCCGGAGUCGCACCAAAGAACGAACCCAUACAGCUGCAGGAUUGAGUGAGUCGAGUCAUCCAAAUUCCCUCAUGUCAUUCCUCGCAGGCAGCUGGACUCCCCAGAAUUGGUCGAUUUGCAUUUGGAUUCGCUGGUUCAAAAACAGAUAAUAGAUGCCUCUAGCCUUCCAAAGGCUCGUUAAAAAGGAAGGUUGAGCUGCUAUUGUAGUCUAAACUCCUUAUUGAACAAUGAUUGGAUUGUCCAAUAAAGAUUCAAGACUAUCAAAUCAAUGGUGUAUGGAAUGCGCAGGGUAUAUAUAUAUAUAUAUCCAGCUGAUGAUACUAGUAAGAUGCGAGUUGUGAUGUGGAUCCCAAGAUCUUAAACAUGCAACAGUUCUUCUACAGUGGUCCGUUGAUGGGAAGCAGGCACGGAGGCAUCAUCUGAAAGGCGGACAACAUUUGUUUGUUUGCGGGCGCAGGGGGCAUCCCAGGUGGUUCUGCCAGCAUUCGACUCAUGUUUUUAGACUUUCCCCAUGGCUCCUGGCCUACUUCCGUUUCGAAGAUCAUUAGGGUGGAUGUGUUGCCACGGGGGGUUCUGUGCCCACCAAACCUGAGGAUAUGAGAGGUUGCCCUAGGCUAGGGACACAUUGUUUGAUUUCUUUUUUCGAUUUUUUGGAUGCGCACAGUGCACGUCUACGCGCAGCGCCUAGCUACCCAUUCUGAACCCUGCAAAGGUCCGGACUGAAGAUCUGAAUGCUGUCCACUUCACCGGUCGGACUGCUCACUCACCCUACCUGGAGUCGACCCGUUCGCACCUCGGAAAAUGGGACGUCCUCUCCCC